GGGUAUAUACCCGAGCAUUCGUGGUCAGCGCUCGCAAAAUUAGCAGAUCCUCGCCUCCGGUGAGGGGUUUGCUCUGGUGCCGAUACAUCGGUCCGUCGGUCAAAAAAGGGAGAAACAUGAAGACUCUGCUCUCUCUCUUCACGGCCUACCUGGCAAUCACGGUUUCCAAGGCUAACUAUGGCUACGGAAACAUGUACAAUGGCAUCGGUAGCUACGGCGGAUUCGGCAACAAUGGUUUGUACAGUGGCUUCAGCAACCCAGGCUUGUAUGGCGGCUCCAACGGCUUAGGCUUAUACAACUCGUACAACCAAGGCUUGUAUGGUGGCCUCAGCGGCUACGGAAACUUUGAUUUUUAUGGUGGAUCCGGCUAUCCGGGCUUGUACGGCGGAUCCGGUGGCCUGGGCAACUACGGCAUGUAUGGUGGAUCCGGUGGCCUGGGCAACUACGGCAUGUAUGGUGGAUCCGGCUAUCCAGGCUUGUACGGCGGAUCCGGUGGCCUAGGGAAACUACGGCAUGUAAACUACGGCAUGUAUGGUGGAUCCGGCUAUCCAGGCUUGUACGGUGGAUCCGGUGGCCUGGGUAAUUACGGCAUGUAUGGUGGAUCCGGCUAUCCAGGCUUGUACGGUGGAUCCGGUGGCCUGGGUAACUACGGCAUGUAUGGUGGAUCCGGCUAUCCAGGCUUGUACGGCGGAUCCGGUGGCCUGGGUAACUACGGCAUGUAUGGUGGAUCCGGCUAUCCAGGCUUGUACGGUGGAGGUGGAUACCCCGGUGUCCCUGUGUAA